CGAUCACUAAAAGAAAGCAUAGAAGAAAAAAAAAAACAAGGGAAGCUUAAAAACGAUAGAGGAAAAGAAAUGCCGACGUCGGGAACAUACGUCACGGAGGUUCCGUUGAAAGGAUCGGCGGACAGACAUUACAAGAGCUGGAAGAGCGAGAACCAUCUCUUCCCUGACGCCAUCGGCCAACACAUCCACCAUGUCGUUGUUCACGAAGGCGAACAUGACUCUCACGGGUCUAUCAGGAGUUGGAACUACACAUAUGAUGGAAAGCCGGCCACGUUCAAAGAAAGGAGAGAGAUAGAUGAUGCGAACAAAACGUUGACGAAAAGAGGACUGGAUGGUCACCCGAUGGAGCAUCUCAAAGUGUUUGAUGUCAUUUACGAAUUUAUUCCUAAAACUGCGGAUAGCUGCGUCUGCAAGAUCACUAUGAUAUGGGAAAAGCGCAACGAUGACUUUCCCGAACCAAGCGGCCUCAUGAAAUUCGUCAAGAACAUGGUUGUUGAUAUUGAAGGCCACGUCACCAAAGCUUAACCGUCAUUAUCAAUGCCAAUACCAUCAUCACAGUCCAUCAUCAGUAUCUCGAUGUAUUACUUAAGAUGUUUUUCAAUAUAAUAAAUGGGGUGUUGUGUGGGGUUUCAAAUACUAUAUAUGUAAGUGUUUGGUACUGGAAGAUGCUUGGAUUUGUUGUUAUGCUCAUCAUAUAUCGGGUUCGAUAUAAUGAUUAUUAAUAAAUAAAAACUAAAAUCAGUAAUCUACA